AUGGAUAACCUUUUCGACAUCAAUGUCAACCUAAUUGUUAUUGUCGCAUCGAUUAGUACGGUUGCAGUUACGAUUGCAAGUUAUGCAGCGUUAAGAUUAAUAUUGGAGAAGCCGCCUGCACGAUUUCAUGUUCAAGUGCCACCUGAAGCAAAACCAGACUGGAAAGCAACUACAACCAUCUCUAAUCCCUCAAUCAGGGACCCCAAUGAUCCCACAGUCAUAAUUUGUUACGAUCCGGCAACAGGAAAAUACUUGUCCACCGUUAAAGCUCACACUGCGGUCGAUGUUACCGAAGCGAUUUCACGAGCGCGAAUUGCACAGAAAUCGUGGGAAAAGACGUCGUUUGCUGAGCGGAAAAGAGUAUUAAACAGUCUAUUGAACUAUAUUAUCGAGUAUCAGGAAGAAAUAUGUUGGGUAACUUGUAGAGACAGUGGCAAGACCAUGGUCGAUGCAAUGCUUGGUGAAAUUUUGUCAACAUGCGAGCGUAUUCGAUGGACCAUCAAGAAUGGUGAAAAGGCUCUUGCAACCGAAUUCUUUGAUCCUGGGCCACUGCUUCCGUACAAGAUUGCUAAAAUCGAAUAUCAACCUCUCGGCGUCGUUGCAGCUUUGGUCUCUUGGAAUUAUCCAUUCCACAAUUUGUUUGGCCAAAUAAUCAGUGCGCUCUUUGCUGGUAAUGGGAUAUUAGUGAAGGCAUCUGAACAAGUUGCAUGGUCUGUAGACUACUUUAGUAGAAUUAUGAAAACUUGUCUGAAUGCAUGUGGUCAUGAUCCGGAGAUUGUCCAAUUUCUUUGUGGAUAUGCAGACUGUGGCGAAGCAAUUGUUCGCAGCGGUGUUGAUGGCAUCACGUUUGUCGGUUCUCCUCAGGUGGGGAAACAAGUAAUGAAAACAGCCUCUGAUUCGCUCACGCCAUGUAUUCUUGAACUUGGCGGAAAGGAUGCGGCCAUAUUAAGAGAGGAUGCAAACUUGGAUCAAGCCAUUCCUAUUAUAAUGCGUGGUACCUUUCAAAAUACAGGACAGAACUGUGUUGGAAUAGAACGAGUGUUAGUGCACGAGAAAUUAUAUGACGAGUUUGUGAGGAGAGUUAAAGAAAAGAUUACUGGUGAUAAGUUACGAGUCGGAUGUUCGCUUGAAGAGGGUGAGGGAAAGGUUGAUGUUGGAGCCCUCACCAUGAGUGGACAGGCUUCCCGAUUAGAAAAUUUAAUCAACGACUCGGUCUCUCAGGGUGCAAAACUUGUUAUCGGGGGCAAAUCAUACACACAUCCGAUUUACCCUUCAGGUCAAUACUUUACUCCAACUCUCCUCGUUGAUGUGACUCCAUCGAUGCCAAUUUCUCAGCAUGAAGUUUUUGCUCCGAUAAUGACGGUUAUGAAGUUUCAAACUGACGAGGAAGCUAUCGAGAUGUGCAAUGGCUGUCCAUACGGACUUGGUAAUUCCGUAUUUACUCGAGAUCAGGCAAAGGGAAACCAGAUGGCCAAGAGAUUGAAAAGUGGAAUGGUGAAUGUAAAUGAUUUUGCGGUCGCGUAUAUAUGUAAUCUACCAUUUGGUGGAGUUGGUAUUUCUGGAUUUGGAAGAUUUGGUGGGAGAGAGGGACUUCGUGCCAUGUGUCUCGCUAAAUCGGUCACUCUGGAUCGAUUCCCGUUGAUAGUCAAGACCACCAUACCAACCGUCGUUGACUACCCAAUGCAUGCAAGGGGAACGACAUUUGUUGAGAAUUUAGUGAGAGUUAUUUAUAAAAACGACAUUCUCGAGCGUAUAAAGGGUGGGUUGGCAUUGGCCAGAGAGUUCAUGGGUCGUUAA